AUGACUUUUGUUGUUCUUGUCACCGGGGCUAAUCGAGGCAUUGGAAGAGGUCUCGUGGAACAUUAUCUUGCUCAGCCAGAAACGACUGUCAUUGGUGCUGCUCGAGAUGUUUCCUGCGCAAAUGCAAAAGAGCUCAAUGAGCUGCCAAAGGGUGAAGGCUCCCGCCUGAUCGUCGUGCCGUUGAGUGCGGACAGUCCAAUGGGUGCGACAGAAGCGGUAUUGGAAAUGCAGAAGCAGCAUCUUGUUGGGCAUAUUGAUCUUGUCAUUGCUAAUGCUGGUAUUUGCAACCACUUCGGACCGGUAGAAGAAAUGACCGACUCCGACGUGCUGUCUCACUUCGAAGUGAAUACGCUAGGACCGCUUAGACUGUUUCGAGCCAUUGCACCAUUGCUACGGAAAGCCAGCGUUCCCAAGUUUGCUUAUAUCUCUACGGCCCUGGCAAGCAUUCAUAUGAUCGAACAUAUUCCCUCGUUGACGGCUGCUUAUGGAAUGUCAAAAGUGGCUGGAAACUAUCUGGUAAAGAAGAUGGAUGCGGAGAAUAAGGACCUGAUCGCUUUGUCCAUUGAUCCGGGAAUGGUACAAACAGACAUGGGCAGUCGUGCGGCACAGGCCAAUGGGCUAGAGAAGGCCCCUGUAACCCUCCAGGAAACCGUUCAGGGUAUCACUCACCAGAUUGAGGUAGCAACGAAGCCGACCACGUCUGGUCAAUUUGUUGAUUAUAAUGGGCAGAAGGUCUCUUGGUAA